UUGAUAAUAAUCUUAUCGUUUGUAGGUGAUCGAAAUCAAAUCUUGCUCUCUUUAUGUUGCUUUGAAAUAGGAAGGGGAGAACAUUGUCCAUUAUUUCUUUUCAUUCAGUUAUAUAGCUGUGAGUUGGAGUCUCAUUUACAAGAGGCAAUCCUUGCACAGCAGGCCAGCACAUCGGGUAUUGCUGUAGAAAAUCAUCUCAUCCCAACGCCAAAAGUUUUCACUGUCGAUUGUGGUUACUACGAUGCUGUUUAUCCAGUUCAGCCAGCACCAUCUAUCAAUCAGCUCAUCAAAGUUCAAGCUUCAUUAUCACUUGGAAAUGAAGAACCUGAAUACGAUAUCGACAGUGGAGACGAGGCAUGGUUGGCCGAUAGGGGGGGGCAUGUUGCGGAGAGUGACUUCGAGAAGAUGAUGGAGUUAUUGGAGAAUGCCAGCAGUGGUUUACAAAUAUGUCAACCUAAUGAAGCACAUAUAUUGCUCAAAGAUUUUGAAACAGAUCUCGUUGAUGAUGUAUAUGAUUACUGGUUACAAAAGCGCAAGGAUGCAGCCGCAUCACGUAAAAUUGCCUCAUUGAUCCCGCGGGUUAAAACAGAUGCUAGAAGGGAUGCAUCUAGUUCUGAUAUGGCGUAUGUAGCAUUUCGGCGACGUCUGGAACGAAUGCAAACUAGAAAAAAUCGAAAGAAUGAUGAGGAUUCAUAUGAAAAAAUCCUUAAACUUGGCCAUGAUCUGAGCAGAGCUGUUGCUCUCUUUGAUAUGAUUAGGCGAAGAGAACAUGUUAAACAAGCUAUCGUAGAUCUCGAUGAGAAAAUAUGUAAAACUCGGUGGAACAUGAGUGAUUUUGAUUCCGUCAUUUACAAUGAUAUUUUGACUCAGAUAAAGUUAGAGCGAAACAUGGCUACAAGUCCUAUCGAAGAUUCUCAAGAUGAAAUGCUGAUUACUAUGUCACCAUCAAAAAUAAAGGGGCAAAAAAGAAAGCGACAUUCCAAGAAUUCGUUAUCUGUAAGCGAUAACGAUUUAGUCACAAGAUCAUGGCUGAGGCGAAAUGCAGAAUUGUGGAACAAACCGGCGAUCGCUGCUAAUGUACUUAAUUUUGGGACUUCGCCUAGUACAACUCCAUCAUGUGAUGUGGAACGUAAUGCGGAAGCAGCAUUAGAUGGUAGAUAUACGUUUAAGAGACGCCGUGGAUGUAUAUAUCGAUCGAGUUUGUUUUCACAUUCUGCAGAAGUUCCCAAAAUUUGUCCUGCCGAACGUUUCUUUCGAACGUUUAUGCCAUCUGAGCAAGGUACACGAUGUAUUGGAUAUGCACGACGAAGAAUGGGACGAGGAGGAAGGAUUAUUUUUGACCGCGUGCUGUUAUCCGAACCUUCAACAUCGCAGUCGGCACCCGAUCCUCCAUUCACUCCUGUUAUUGAUACUACAAAGAGUUACCAAUGUAGGUUGAUAACUGAUAAUGACAGGAAACAUGAAUCAUUGUCGGAUUCUGAAGACAAUGAAUGGGACGAAAACGAUGAGCAACAAUAUAGAGAGCGAGAAGAAUUGUAUGCAAAACGAAUUUUCGGCAUGUUAGGUGCAGAUUCCACACAAAGGCGCGCAAGCGGCAGGGAUGGUACUUUUCGUGGUAGCGGAGAGCAAGUUGUAGUUCUUGGAGAAGACACUACAUCAAUACCCGUUGCUGGACAAAAUAUAUCAACUAAUGGCGUUCAAGAAACAGAACACUUGCGAAUUUUGAAUUUGCAACAAAAUGGUCCACCCUUGAAUGUACAUGUAAGAUCAGUAAGUGAUUGUGGUUCACAGCCUGUUUUACUUACGGCAUCUGUUGCUGGGAAAGUAGAAAAGGUGACGCCAUUGCCAACGUCUAUAAAUUACCAACUAAAGCGGGUAUCUGAUCAUUCCUCAUCCAAAGCGUCACUGUUGUCGAAAAGCAACGAAUCUUCGGUUUUUCACACACAUCUCCCGCCGCCACUGCAUCCUUCUUUGGAAGUAAUAGCGACGGGAGAACAGACAGUUCGUCCGCUCCGAACGUUUGAAUAUAUCACUAGCCCCAAUGUGCUAGCUCCAUCUCAAACUCUUAGCCUUGGUGUACUAGCUCCAUCGCAAGCUCUCGGUUCUGGUGUAUUAACUUCAUCUCAAACUCUCAGUUCUUGUGUAUUAGCUUCAUCUCACGCUCCCAGCUCUGGUAUGUUAGUUUCAUCUCAGGCGCUUAACUCAGGUGUACUGGCCCAAUCUCAAACCCUCAGCUCUUGUGUGAUGACAUCAUCUCAAAAGCUUGGCUCUGGCGUUAUGGCUUCACCUCAGACGCUAAUUCUUACUACUUCGCAACCAGCAAGGCAUGAUCGCGUUGAAAGACACGUAAUUCCUCUGCCUUCUCAAGAGUAUUUCAUUGGCGGGCAAAGUGUAAGACCGAAGAGAGGGGGACGACGUCGACCCAUGACUGCAAACGUUGCACAACUUACAUCAUCAUUUUCGCGAUCGGAAACGAAUCAACAGCGUUAUAGCGUGUUCGGAUUUAAUGGGGACGUCACUCAAGCUACAUCUUGUGUGGAUACUAAACGCCUUGAAUUAGCAAUUAAAGGAUCUGGAGCUCGCAUUAAGCCUCCUCCUAUAAUCGCACCAUCUCUGUUACAUCCAUGUCCAUCAGAAACCAGAACUCUACGAGAUCUCUUGUUGGGAACGGGAUUGACGAAUAUGAAAGCAGCAUUAAAUAAGCCAGCUUCAGCUAAGACAUCCAGUACUCCGCAUCACGUACCUGCUGUUAACGACAAACAUCGUUACACACAAUAUACCAAUAUCGGUAAUUGUAGGAUUUCCUCCUUCAAUACAUACCAAUCAUUUCCAGCAACCGAAGGUGUACCUCCGCCGGUACCGCAUGUCGUAGCACCAACAGUAGCACCAAAACCAUCAUUUCGUAAUUAUUUUGCCGCUACUGAACCAAAAAGUCAGGCACCGAUGGCAGUAAUAAGUCGAGCGUCUUUGAAUGGAACUCAGGUUGAUUCAAGACGUUGGUUAUUUCAGAGUAUGGUAGAUAUUGGAACAAAUGGAAUUGGGAAUGAACGUGAAGUUGAACAAGCAGCCCAUCAAACGAAAUGUAGGGUGAAUAGCUCUUCAUCAAUGCUCAGUGUUACAGUUGGUACCGAAAUAUCGUUGGGAGGGAGUGUCAGUAGUCGAAGUGGAAAAGGUUAUUUGGCAGCUACCACCACUACCACCACCCCUGAUACAGCCACUGUUACAUCGGCAUCUACAGAAAGUUCAUUUCCCCAGCAGGUAGUUAAGAAGGAAGAUCCGUUAAGCAGCGCAACUACCAGCAGUCAUCUUGAUAUCACUGCUUGCCAUGGAGUAAUCAGCUACGCCAUUAACUGA